AUGCCAAACAUUCGACCAACACCCACGAUCCUCCUMCCCCGCCUCCCCGCCAAAACUCUCGUCGGCCUCGAUCUUCUCAGCUUCACAUCCACCGAACAGUUCUAUGGGAUUAGUGACCUGACGCCUGGCUGGCAUUUCCUCUACACGGGCACAACAGAGAGUUUCUCGAUACGCUGCGGCGCAUGGUUCUAUGUCGGUAAUAUCCCACAAGACUCGACGGGUAAUAGUAACAGCAUAAUACUACACAGCGGUACCGCUACACCCGGCCCGCCCGAAAUCCGAAUAUGGCGAUGGGACCAAGAUAUAGAGACCCUCGUACCCAUGCGCGGCGACAAUGACGAAGAUCGCCUAGAGAUUAUGCGCUGGAAAGCCAACCUCGGCGGAUUACGACAGAUGGGCGCAUUGUUCAGCUACAAAACCAAAGGCAUUCCCGAAAAUACAGAGAUCGAUGAAGAUGAUGCUACGGAUCAGCCUGUGCACAAGGAUUGGAUACAAUUGACGAAUCGAGUGACGCCGGAAAUCGUGUCGCGUAUAUUGGGUACGCCGUUCGCCGAUGAUGAUGGUAGGCCGAGUUGGAGUAUAAAUUCAGCGAGUACGGCGGCGCGAGAUGCAGAUAAUAUUCCUGGAAUUACGGCGGAAAUAGCUUCAGAAGUCAGGACGAAAUCGUUUGGAGGCGGGCAAAAAGAAAAAGAAAUAGAGCUCCAAUUCCUACCUAUCGACCUGAAACGGACGUGGCGGGAAGGUGCAGUUGGGCGUGAGAGAACAGAGGCAGCGCAGGACAGAUCGUGGGCUUUGGGAGAUUUGGUCAACAGAUAUAGUCUCCCGGACAACGAUGAGAAGAAAGGCGAAGGCGAGAUUUUGGGAGAGUUGCAGAUUUGUUUUCUCAUGAUCCUGACGCUUAUGAAUUAUUCGUGUCUUGAACAAUGGAAACGACUGUUAUCGUUGAUAUUGACAUGUCGCACUGCAAUUACAGAACGAGAGCCGUUCUUCAAGGACGUGCUUCAACUCCUGCGACUACAGCUCCGCCAUUGCGAGGAUGUUGACGGCGGUCUUUUCGAGAUGGACGGGGAUUACGAUGGGAAUUUCUUACGGAAGCUGUUGACGGAGUUCCGGCAGACUAUACAUCGAUUACAAGGAGCGGAUACAGUCCGGCCAGAAAUGAAUGCGCUGGAGCAGUGGGUACGAACGGAAUACGGAUGGGAAUUACGCAAGGACUCUAUAAUGCGACGAGGGAUGUUGCAGCUUGAAGAUGGGGAGCAGGUCGAAAUGGAGAUGAGUGGUGCUGAUGAGGAUGAUGAGACGGGCGAGUAUGCUCCUGUCAUUGUCGAUAUGGGAGAAACCGUGGAAGAAACGACUGAGGUCGACACACCUAUGGACUAA